GUAAGCAGGCCGGGUGUGCACAGUAAUCAAGCGCGGUGUGGCCGUAUCGCCGCUCUAUUUAAGGCUGCUUUGGGACUUGAACCGCGAUUGCUCCCAGGCAACCUCAGAAUAAAGCCAAGCCAACACUCAACCACGGUAUAUUCCUCUUUGGACCUUGUCCAGAGACAUCGCGUUUAUCCGAAUAGUACGGUGUUAGUCAUCUCCUCAUGAACACUCAUUCUAGUGACCGGUCUAAGUAUCUACAUUGACUUUGGAGACGACAAGGGCGACGCAAGUCCAAAUACUGCUCUAGAGAUGUUGGCAUCGGUAUGAAGUUUAUUAAAAUAAACAAUCAAGAGAGGGUAUACAGCAAACAAAGAACUGAACAGAUGACGAAAUCUCUCAGAAAAUGCCACCACUGAGCACACUAUGAUAAUUCAUAAACACGAUUCGGUUCUCGGUUCUCGAGCUCAUACCUCGUCUUACUCCUCCGGCAAGCCAUUGAGGCAUCAUCACUGGAUACUUCAGGUAGUUCCUGUUUUCGGACUGGCUUAUGCCUGCGUCUCCGACAGAAGAACCAUGUAGCUAACGCGAUAAUCCC